CCAGCAGGGGGUAGAAGAACGUCGAUAAACAUGCAGCCUCAACUUGUGAAGCAUGAGUAGGCUGUCCUGGCUCAGGACAGGUUGCUCUCUGAGGAGAAGUGGCACAGCAACCAGGUCAGCAAAACCAACAGGUUUUCUUCAGAGGUUUAUAACAUGGAUUAUGGGCUGAUCAUCUUUUUGCUCACAGGAGCAUUGGUCAGUGUUGCCUCUGCCCAAACUCGUCAGUAUCACUUUGUGAGCACGCCACUGAACUGGACUGAAGCUCAGAGCUUCUGCCGACAGGUCUAUACUGACCUGGCCACCAUAGAAAACACAGCUGAUGUCAGUGCCGUUAAUGCUACUACAUCAAACUACACAGGCCAGGCUUGGAUAGGUCUCUAUGAUGAUUUGGUAAACAGCUGGAGAUGGUCCCUGGAUAACAGCAGCUUCUAUGGAGAAGGAGAAACAGAGUUUAGAAAUUGGGAUUUGAAUCCUGUUCAGCCCAACAAUCAACUAGGACAACAGUACUGUGUGGUAUUAUAUGGUGGCCGUUUGGGCACAUGGGGAGACACUGAAUGCAGCAUGGAACUUCAGUUUGUGUGCUAUGCUGGCAUAGAAAAUGGCACACUGGUCUAUGUUAUAAUUGACAAUCAGGUGAAUUGGACUCAAGCUCAGAGAUUCUGCAGGGAGAAUUAUGUUGACCUAGCCAGUAUAAGAAAUCAGACAGAAAAUGACAUCAUCACAAGCAUAUCAAAUGGGAGAUUUGUGUGGAUUGGUCUGUACCGGAAUAACCUGUGGUCUGAUGGGAGCACCUCUCUGUUUCGAAACUGGGCCGCUGGACAGCCAGACUCUGGGACAGAUAACUGUUUCACCACAUCAUUCAGUGGCUCAGGACAGUGGUCAGAUGAUGAUUGCUCCCUCAGCUUGCCAUUCAUCUGUUUCAGAACAAUUCCACCCAACGCAGAAGGCUUCAGAUCAACAGGACAAGAUGAGACCAGUAUCACUCUGCAGUGGAAUAAAGUCAACAACAAUGUCAGCUAUAUUCUCCAGUUUGAUGGGACAGAGAUAAACAUCACUGCACCAGAUGGAGAUGGACCAGUAACUCACACAGUCUCAUCUCUCACUGCUGGAACCAAAUACACAUUCACUCUCUUCUCUGUGUUUGAGGACGUCAGAAGCAGUGGAGUAAGCUUUACUGCAGUCACUGUUCCUUCAAAUGCAGGAGGCUUCAGGUCAACAGGACAAGAUGAGACCAGUAUCACUCUGCAGUGGAAUAAAGUCAACAACAAUGUCAGCUUUACUCUCCAGUUUGAUGGUACAGAGAUAAACAUCACUGCACCAGAUGGAGAUGGACCAGUAACUCACACAGUCUCAUCUCUCACUGCUGCAACCAAAUACACAUUCACUCUCUUCUCUGUGUUUGAGGACGUCAGAAGCAGUGGAGUAAGCGUUACUGCAGUCACUGCUCCUUCAAACACAGGAGGCUUCAGGUCAACAGGACAAGAUGAGACCAGUAUCACUCUGCAGUGGAAUAAAGUCAACAACAAUGUCAGCUUUACUCUCCAGUUUGAUGGAACAGAGAUAAACAUCACUGCACCAGAUGGAGAUGGACCAGUAACUCACACAGUCUCAUCUCUCACUGCUGGAACCAAAUACACAUUCACUCUCUUCUCUGUGUUUGAGGACGUCAGAAGCAGUGGAGUAAGCGUUACUGCAGUCACUGCUCCUUCAAACACAGGAGGCUUCAGGUCAACAGGACAAGAUGAGACCAGUAUCACUCUGCAGUGGAAUAAAGUCAACAACAAUGUCAGCUUUACUCUCCAGUUUGAUGGAACAGAGAUAAACAUCACUGCACCAGAUGGAGAUGGACCAGUAACUCACACAGUCUCAUCUCUCACUGCUGGAACCAAAUACACAUUCACUCUCUUCUCUGUGUUUGAGGACGUCAGAAGCAGUGGAGUAAGCGUUACUGCAGUCACUGCUCCUUCAAACACAGGAGGCUUCAGGUCAACAGGACAAGAUGAGACCAGUAUCACUCUGCAGUGGAAUAAAGUCAACAACAAUGUCAGCUUUACUCUCCAGUUUGAUGGAACAGAGAUAAACAUCACUGCACCAGAUGGAGAUGGACCAGUAACUCACACAGUCUCAUCUCUCACUGCUGGAACCAAAUACACAUUCACUCUCUUCUCUGUGUUUGAGGACGUCAGAAGCAGUGGAGUAAGUGUUACUGCAGUCACUGCUCCUUCAAACACAGGAGGCUUCAGAUCAACAGGACAAGAUGAGACCAGUAUCACUCUGCAGUGGAAUAAAGUCAACAACAAUGUCAGCUUUACUCUCCAGUUUGAUGGAACAGAGAUAAACAUCACUGCACCAGAUGGAGAUGGACCAGUAACUCACACAGUCUCAUCUCUCACUGCUGGAACCAAAUACACAUUCACUCUCUUCUCUGUGUUUGAGGACGUCAGAAGCAGUGGAGUAAGCGUUACUGCAGUCACUGCUCCUUCAAACACAGGAGGCUUCAGGUCAACAGGACAAGAUGAGACCAGUAUCACUCUGCAGUGGAAUAAAGUCAACAACAAUGUCAGCUUUACUCUCCAGUUUGAUGGAACAGAGAUAAACAUCACUGCACCAGAUGGAGAUGGACCAGUAACUCACACAAUCUCAUCUCUCACUGCUGGAACCAAAUACACAUUCACUCUCUUCUCUGUGUUUGAGGACGUCAGAAGCAGUGGAGUAAGUGUUACUGCAGUCACUGCUCCUUCAAACACAGGAGGCUUCAGAUCAACAGGACAAGAUGAGACCAGUAUCACUCUGCAGUGGAAUAAAGUCAACAACAAUGUCAGCUUUACUCUCCAGUUUGAUGGAACAGAGAUAAACAUCACUGCACCAGAUGGAGAUGGACCAGUAACUCACACAGUCUCAUCUCUCACUGCUGGAACCAAAUACACAUUCACUCUCUUCUCUGUGUUUGAGGACGUCAGAAGCAGUGGAGUAAGCGUUACUGCAGUCACUGCUCCUUCAAACACAGGAGGCUUCAGGUCAACAGGACAAGAUGAGACCAGUAUCACUCUGCAGUGGAAUAAAGUCAACAACAAUGUCAGCUUUACUCUCCAGUUUGAUGGAACAGAGAUAAACAUCACUGCACCAGAUGGAGAUGGACCAGUAACUCACACAGUCUCAUCUCUCACUGCUGGAACCAAAUACACAUUCACUCUCUUCUCUGUGUUUGAGGACGUCAGAAGCAGUGGAGUAAGCGUUACUGCAGUCACUGCUCCUUCAAACACAGGAGGCUUCAGGUCAACAGGACAAGAUGAGACCAGUAUCACUCUGCAGUGGAAUAAAGUCAACAACAAUGUCAGCUUUACUCUCCAGUUUGAUGGAACAGAGAUAAACAUCACUGCACCAGAUGGAGAUGGACCAGUAACUCACACAGUCUCAUCUCUCACUGCUGGAACCAAAUACACAUUCACUCUCUUCUCUGUGUUUGAGGACGUCAGAAGCAGUGGAGUAAGCGUUACUGCAGUCACUGCUCCUUCAAACACAGGAGGCUUCAGGUCAACAGGACAAGAUGAGACCAGUAUCACUCUGCAGUGGAAUAAAGUCAACAACAAUGUCAGCUUUACUCUCCAGUUUGAUGGAACAGAGAUAAACAUCACUGCACCAGAUGGAGAUGGACCAGUAACUCACACAGUCUCAUCUCUCACUGCUGGAACCAAAUACACAUUCACUCUCUUCUCUGUGUUUGAGGACGUCAGAAGCAGUGGAGUAAGUGUUACUGCAGUCACUGCUCCUUCAAACACAGGAGGCUUCAGAUCAACAGGACAAGAUGAGACCAGUAUCACUCUGCAGUGGAAUAAAGUCAACAACAAUGUCAGCUUUACUCUCCAGUUUGAUGGAACAGAGAUAAACAUCACUGCACCAGAUGGAGAUGGACCAGUAACUCACACAGUCUCAUCUCUCACUGCUGGAACCAAAUACACAUUCACUCUCUUCUCUGUGUUUGAGGACGUCAGAAGCAGUGGAGUAAGCGUUACUGCAGUCACUGCUCCUUCAAACACAGGAGGCUUCAGGUCAACAGGACAAGAUGAGACCAGUAUCACUCUGCAGUGGAAUAAAGUCAACAACAAUGUCAGCUUUACUCUCCAGUUUGAUGGAACAGAGAUAAACAUCACUGCACCAGAUGGAGAUGGACCAGUAACUCACACAAUCUCAUCUCUCACUGCUGGAACCAAAUACACAUUCACUCUCUUCUCUGUGUUUGAGGACGUCAGAAGCAGUGGAGUAAGUGUUACUGCAGUCACUGCUCCUUCAAACACAGGAGGCUUCAGAUCAACAGGACAAGAUGAGACCAGUAUCACUCUGCAGUGGAAUAAAGUCAACAACAAUGUCAGCUUUACUCUCCAGUUUGAUGGAACAGAGAUAAACAUCACUGCACCAGAUGGAGAUGGACCAGUAACUCACACAGUCUCAUCUCUCACUGCUGGAACCAAAUACACAUUCACUCUCUUCUCUGUGUUUGAGGACGUCAGAAGCAGUGGAGUAAGCGUUACUGCAGUCACUGCUCCUUCAAAUGCAGGAAACUUCAGGUCAACAGGACAAGAUGAGACCAGUAUCACUCUGCAGUGGAAUAAAGUCAACAACAAUGUCAGCUAUAUUCUCCAGUUCGAUGGUACAGAGAUAAACAUCACUGCACCAGAUGGAGAUGGACCAGUAACUCACACAGUCUCAUCUCUCACUGCUGGAACCAAAUACACAUUCACUCUCUUCUCUGUGCUUGAGGACAUCAGAAGCAGUGGAGUAAGCUUUACUGCAGUCACUGCUCCUUCAAACACAGGAGGCUUCAGGUCAACAGGACAAGAUGAGACCAGUAUCACUCUGCAGUGGAAUAAAGUCAACAACAAUGUCAGCUUUACUCUCCAGUUUGAUGGUACAGAGAUAAACAUCACUGCACCAGAUGGAGAUGGACCAGUAACUCACACAGUCUCAUCUCUCACUGCUGGAACCAAAUACACAUUCACUCUCUUCUCUGUGUUUGAGGACGUCAGAAGCAGUGGAGUAAGCGUUACUGCAGUCACUGCUCCUUCAAACACAGGAGGCUUCAGGUCAACAGGACAAGAUGAGACCAGUAUCACUCUGCAGUGGAAUAAAGUCAACAACAAUGUCAGCUUUACUCUCCAGUUUGAUGGAACAGAGAUAAACAUCACUGCACCAGAUGGAGAUGGACCAGUAACUCACACAGUCUCAUCUCUCACUGCUGGAACCAAAUACACAUUCACUCUCUUCUCUGUGUUUGAGGACAUCAGAAGCAGUGGAGUAAGCUUUACUGCAGUCACUGCUCCUUCAAAUGCAGGAAACUUCAGGUCAACAGGACAAGAUGAGACCAGUAUCACUCUGCAGUGGAAUAAAGUCAACAACAAUGUCAGCUAUAUUCUCCAGUUUGAUGGAACAGAGAUAAACAUCACUGCACCAGAUGGAGAUGGACCAGUAACUCACACAGUCUCAUCUCUCACUGCUGGAACCAAAUACACAUUCACUCUCUUCUCUGUGUUUGAGGACGUCAGAAGCAGUGGAGUAAGCUUUACUGCAGUCACUGGUGAGAUAUUGAACUUUUUCAGUGUGUUAUUAAUGUGACUACAACACUUCAGUUCUGUUACUGUAUUAGAUGAAAGACACAUUUGAAAGAUCAGUGUAUUACAGAACUAGUGGUGAUGGGUUGUGAUGUGAUGUCAUUAGUUUCCUUCUUUUUUGUGUUCUGUAAAGUAAAAACGUGAAGCAUAUUGAAUUUUAUUUUCAGCUUUAUGCAACUAAGGUUUAAAAUACUUAUAAGAUUUUCAAGAGUUUUGACAAAAUACUAAUUCAUCUGAACAUAUUUGUCUUUCCAUCUUGCCAAAAAUAACUUUGACUCUACAUACUACAACAAAAAGGGCCUUGUA